ACCAUGGCGGCAAGUUUUGUUUAUUAAUAUGUUUGUCCACGUGCUUCGCGAGGUCCACACGGUUCUUAAAAAAUGAAAUAAGUUGAAAUAACUGAUCAGGGAGUUGAAGAUCUUCCAACGUCAACGUCUCUUUUGUGUUCGCGAUGGAAAAUUUCCUGCUCCAUAGAAUAAUCUUAAAAUUACCUCAAGGCAACCAAUUACUCUACAUCCAUGUCAAGUAUGGUGACGUCCAUCUCUUUCAGACGAAAAAAACUUUUUCCAUGUGGAACCUGAGUAUCUCAAAACUCUGUUCAUCUGUAAUGGCACUGUGUGACGAGGAAUUUCUCAGAAAGAUUGAGUUUGAACUAACUUAUAGGAGCUUUUUUCGUCUACAAAAGAUGUCUUUCUACAUAGCAAGUGAUUUACUCCUCAGUAUCGUGAAGUUAUUCCAAAAGCAAACCUUUAGUCUUUAUGUUGAUAUGAGAGGCUUUCAUCUCAACCCCUUGAAACGGAAAGGCAAAUCCAAGGAAAAACCCAAGAAAGUUAAAGAUGCAACGCAUACCAUUCCAAAGGAGGAUUUUGUCAUCAAUCUGAAAGAUUAUGACAGUGUCAUAAAUCAAGUUGCAGCUACCCUCCAGGAUAGUGACCGUUUCCACACCUUUACUGAGCCACCUGUUACUCUGGACUCUUCAAGUAUCUUCCAAAGCUCAUUUGAUGAUAAAGACCUACUGAUCAACCUCAUCAGUUUGGAUCCAGUCUUUGAUAGACUUGACAAGGAGUUUGGUUUAGAUGAUUUAGAGCUCGGAGAGCCACUCCCAUCAUGGCCUCCGCCGGUUGGAGUGCAACCGCCAACUCCAGGCGCAUCAGCAAUGAGGGAUGAUACGCUUUCAAGGCAGGAUGGGUCAUUAAUGGCACCAAGAAUUCACGAUGUCAUUAAACAGAAAAUCUCACCAAAAGGGGUAGCUGUCGAAGCGGAGAUAACACCAUGUCCGAUUCUUAGCCCAAGCAGUAUGCACGAGCCUCCGGAAUCGCCAUUCGUUCCAUUGCUUGAAAGUACCCUAAUUCAUCAUGGCAUUCACCCAGAAGCAGCCAUGCCAGUGCGUGACAUAAUGCCUCGAAGAGAGCAGUCACCGCCAGCAACUGGACCAUUCCAGUUUGCCGUUGAGGCUGAGAUUCAUUUUGUUCCAGUCAGCCCACCGCAAGAUGCCUCGGCAGCAGCAGGAGAGGCACCACAGCCGUCGGUCAUGGAAGGUGAGGUUCAAAGCAUGCAGGCUGAAGCUGUAGCUCCAGAUGGAGAGAGAAUAUUUUCCGUUCCUGAACCAGGCAUACAAAUUAUUCCUGAAUCUGAACUCCACGUUGCUCCAGAGGCAGAAAUACAUCUCGGCACAGAACAACCUGAAAUAUCUACAGUGCCUGAGCCCCUACAGCAGUUGCCUGAAGAGGAUAUAUAUGUAUUUCCUGCCGAAAGACAGGGAGAACCUGAAAGACGUCCAACAGGUCCUGAGAUCCCUUUAUCCUCAAAAGAGGCUGUAGCUGGAGACCAAGAACAAGUUAAAAAAGACAAAGGCAGGAGGAAGAGAUUCCUAGCUAGACCGCAAAUUCCUAAUCGUGUGUUGCGUAAAUGGUACGAGGAAUUGCUCAACAAACCCAGGUCUACAUCACAUCCUAUCACAGUUAUGUUGGAUUUUAUACGCAAUGAACAAAAGAGCACACCAAAGCCAAACCAACAUAUAGGACGCUAUAAUUUUGCAGAGAUUCGAACUCACAAUGUGUGCUCUCCAGAUGGUGGUUUUGACCCACUGGAGGAUAUAUUGAAUGACUCCGAUAUUGAUCAUCAAGAAGAAAUGUUACAGCUCUCCCCGAACGCAGCGCGUUUACCCAGGGUAUCGUUUGAAGCAACCAUUUUACGUUUUGAGGAAGCUGAGAAUAGGAGGAAAAGCCGCCUUGCUGGCCAGUUGCAACCAGGACCCGUCGUUCCUGACUUGGACCUAAAUAUUUCACCGCCAAAGAUUCCUGUUCCGGAGGAACAAGACAUACCAGGACCCGUCGUUCCAGAUUUGGACCUAAAUAUUUCACCGCCAAAGAUCCCUGUUCCGGAGGAACAGGACAUUCCUCAGGAGCAGGAGCAAUAUAUUCCACAAAGAGAAAGUCCUCUUGCAGAGAGGCCAGUCCCAGUUUAUCCCUCCCCUGUUCCGGGCCCUGUUUUACAAGAGCAAAUGGAAGUGCCAGAACUGGACGAUGCUAUUCUAUUCGGUGGAGGUGCUGAAACAAUCCAUCCUCAGAGAUUGUCAACACUAGAAAAAGAGGUGGGGUCCAAAAGAAAAGCUUCUGAAACAGAGGGCACAAAAAGAAAACGUGCUCCUGUGGACCGUCUACCAGAAAGACCAGACGAAGUGCCGCAACCAGAUAUACCCUCAGACGUUCGUGUUUUCACCUCAACAAAACCAGUUCUGAAUGAGUUAGAUCUCUCUUCAUUGAGGCUAGAUCCAGCGUCUCCUCGACCGACGAAGCAAAUUUUACUUGAUUAUCUGGAGAAUUUGUGGGCUGUGACAGACGCUGGAAUUCCUUUCGAAGCCAUCUGCAAGCCUGCCCCCGCAGAUGCACCCAAGCCUGUGAACAGUUAUCCAAAAUCAGACGAUGUAUGUUUGCGAUCAGCUGCUGCUCGCACCUUUACAAUCUUGAUGGAAAUGCAAAGAGAAAAUCUUGUCCACCUAGAGCAAAGCGCUCCGGGCAAAAUCAUUAUUCUCUCUCCUCAUCAGUCAUAGACCCAAGAUUAUUUCUUAUUUUUCAGUCUGAAGUCUUGCUGAAAAUCAUAAUAAAACUCUAUUUUACUCUUUCAAGACAAAAACGUAUUUUGUAAUUUCAAGACAAAUUCUAUAUGGUUGUCAGAAAUCCGUUUUUAUAGAUAAUGUUUUACGAUAAAUAUUAUACAUUUAUCAAAUACUUAUCUGUUUUAAGGUAACUUUUGCACCCUUCUUAAUAAUAUUGUGUACUUAUUUCUGUGUUUCAAAUGCUGAAACUGGGUUUUGAUUAAUUUUUUUAUUGUUCAUUUUUUUCACUUUUACUACACAUGCAAGCAUGACAAUCUAUUUCAACUUCUCCUUCUACUUUUUAAACUUUUUUUAGG